GUCGUUGCAAGCCCUUAUGGACCAAUUACAGGCGAGAACUCUUGAACUUAGUGGUUUACAAGCCAAAGUAGAAAGUAAACACCAACAGACAUUUGAAGAAAGAGAAGCACUUCUUCAAGCAAAAGAUAAAGAACUGAAGGCUCUGGAACUAAGAUUGCAGCAUCAGCAGGAAGAAGCUGAACAGGAGCGGAGUAGACUUCAGAUACUAAUUCUGCGAUUAGAGUCUCGUCUUCAGCAACAAACAAAAGAAGGAGAAGAGUCCUUCUGUGUUAGAGUCUGUCUUCAGCAACAAACAAAAGAAGGAGAAGAGGUAAUAUCUAGUUAUAUAAUUAACUUUCCUUUAAGUCCUUAUGUGUUAGAGUCUCGUCUUCAGCAACAAACAAAAGAAGGAGAAGAG